UGUCUGUUAAGGUUAAUUGCCAAGUUUGUGGCAUGGAUUAUAAGCAGAGCUAUCUAUAGUGGUGCUACACCGUUGUGUUGCGGCUAUGGGCCCCUCCAUUGCUUGGGGCACUGUGGAUUGCAGCCACAUUCACGGCUAUUUGCUUUGUGUGUUUGGCAGAACCAUCUAGGAUUUGAUCACAACAUAGAGGGUUGGACAGUAUUUGGAAAAGGAGCAAUCAAGGAGCGAAUAUCGAAUGCAGGCAGUAGAUUCAUUUUGCUCACAACAGAACACAUCCAUUGGAUAGUUUCUCUCAGAAGGUCCAACUUAAGAAAGGAAUGCUAUACACCUUUUCUGGCAAUUUUUGGUGUAUCCCUUCGAAGUAUUGUUCAUAUAUGGGUCAUGAGAAAGAAGGGCCCUCUCUAUGUUGCAAUGUUUAAGCCAAUUGGAAUCAUCUUUGCGGUCAUCAUGGGAAUUGCCUUUCUUGGUGACUCUAUCUAUCUUGGAAGUCGUGCUAUUCUCAUAUAUCUUGCUUCUGCAUUUCCAGCCAUUGCAGACCAUUGGUUAGUUAGUAUUCUCCUUUUUUACAAAUUUAAUUGCGAUCCUUCUUUGUCCAAUCAAGAUAUUUGCAUGUCCAGAGAGGGUCUUGGGUUGUGCAAUUGUGAAGUUCUUUGGCUUUGGCUACUCAUGUUAUUUUUAUAUUUUAUAUGUGCAAUUGUGAAUCAUCCCAUGAGAUUCAUCUUAAUAUAGUGGUUAUUUAAAUGAUGAAACAUAGAUAAGUAAUGUUUAUGUUCCUAAACUUACAAGAUAUCGAUCCCUUAUUUGGUCUUGGCAUACACUUAUGUUGCUUGCCUUUUAACACUUCCUGUUCCAUUCAUU